AAAUGGGCAAUUUACAUUAUUUGUCAAUCUGUCUGAGAAUGAGCAAUUAUACUUCUUAAUAGGUGGAGCAGGGAAAGAGAAUACAAGCUGGGAGUGGUUGCAGGCAGGUAAACCUCUGUCCUCACUUCAUGCAACAAUCACUUCUUUGCUCUGGACAUUUACUUUUCUGUACUGAAAGCUGCUGCCAGAGACAUGGAGCUCAAUGAGAAAACGUAUGCUGGGGGAAAUGGCAUUAGCAAUGUUGCCUUUCAGAAUGAUGAUUCUGAAUACAUGGGCACACCUAACAAUAAUGAUUUCCAAGACAGGAAGCGUUCGAAUAAAGACUCUAUCAUUAUUGGUCAGCUAGGAGACAGUUCAAUACCCCGGGCUAAAUAUGAUGAUGCAGACGAAAAAAAGAGUUGCCUUGAAAUGAAAUACGAUGCUGCAUGUACCUUCUGCAGGAAACAUAAAACUAUAAUGAAGUAUGUCAUCUAUAGCAUUUUGUUGGCAGGUUUCCUGGCAUUGGUGAUUGCAGCUUGCGUGUUGAACUUCAGAAGAGCAUUGGCUCUCUUUGUACUUACUAUACUGGUCAUCUUUUUUAUAUGCUGGGAUUUAUUUAUUGACAGAUAUGAAGGCAAAAUUGUGACAUUCUUCUCACCGGUUGGAGCAUUCAUCAAGAAACAAUGGUUUUGGAUGAAAUGGGUAAUAUGGCUAAGCCUUGUUGCUGGCAUUAUAUUGUGGCUUAUUUUUGACACUGCAAGAAUGGGAAGCAAUCAACUGAUUUCCUUUGGUGGCCUUGUGAUGUAUAUACUCCUAAUGUUCAUAUUCUCUAAACACCCAACUAAGGUUAACUGGCGGCAGGUUUUUUGGGGCAUUGGACUACAGUUCCUUCUAGGACUUGUAAUUCUAAGAACAAAGCCAGGGUUCGAUGCCUUUGAUUGGCUUGGGAUACAAGUGCAAACCUUCUUGGAAUAUUCAGAUACAGGGUCAAAAUUUGUAUUUGGUGAAAAGUAUCUGGACCAUUUUUUUGCUUUUAAGGUCCUACCGAUUGUGAUUUUCUUCAGCACGGUCAUGUCAAUGCUAUAUUUUCUUGGCUUCAUGCAAUGGCUCAUUAAAAAGGUCGGAUGGGUAAUGCAAAUAACUAUGGCAACAACUCCAACAGAAUCGCUAGUUGCAGCAGGGAAUAUUUUUGUGGGCCAGACUGAAUCUCCACUUUUAAUAAGGCCAUACCUGGAACAUUUAACCAAAUCAGAAAUCCAUGCUGUGAUGACUGCUGGUUUUGCUACAAUUGCAGGGAGUGUGCUGGGAGCAUACAUUUCCUUUGGUGUGUCGUCCUCACAUUUGUUAACCGCUUCUGUCAUGUCUGCACCAGCAGCACUUGCUGUAGCCAAGUUAUUUUGGCCAGAAACAGAGCCUAUAAAAAUCACUAUGAAAAAAGGUCUUCAGUUGGAGAAAGGGGAUGCAAGAAACAUUCUGGAAGCUGCAAGUCAAGGAGCUUCUGCAUCAAUCCCUUUGGUAGCUAAUAUAGCAGUGAAUUUGAUGGCUUUCCUCUCACUUCUAGCCUUUUUCAAUGCUGCCCUCUCCUGGCUGGGAAAUAUGUUUGAUUAUCCACAGUUGAGUUUUGAGGUAAUAUGCUCCUAUAUCUUCAUGCCAUUCUCCUUCAUGAUGGGUGUGGAUUGGGAGGACAGCUUCAUAGUUGGCAAACUUCUAGGAUACAAGACAUUUUUUAAUGAAUUUGUUGCAUAUGAAUACCUUGCUGGACUGAUUACCAAAAGGAAGAACAAUGGACCGCUAUUCAUUGAUGGAGUGAAGCAGUAUAUGUCGGUUAGAUCAGAAACUAUUGCAACAUAUGCCUUAUGUGGAUUUGCAAAUUUUGGCUCUUUGGGAAUAACAAUUGGAGGACUAAGCUCCAUGGCCCCCAGCAGAAAAGGUGACAUUGCCGCAGGUGCUAUCAGAGCUAUGAUCGCUGGUACAGUGGCUUGCUUUAUGACGGCUUGUAUUGCAGGAAUAUUAUCUCCACCAGUAGCACAAGGAUCAUGUUUGGAUAUAUUAGAAAAUUCCUUCCUCAAUUCCACAGCUUUGCCUGCUAGCUCACCAGAAAUAAUUGACUGCUGCUUGACUUUAUAUGAACAGGUGGCUAUCAAUGGUCUAUCAAAUAUCACCAUUGCACAGAACUACAGUAUGGCUUCACUGUCUGGUUGCUGUCAACUAGUAGCUGCACCGUCCUUUAACUGUUCCUCGUUUGCAUAGACUGACUAAUAAAAUAUUCCUAUAUCAAUGCACAUUCUUCUUGCAUGUAUACAAAUGUUAACAUCAUGAUUUGAACUUCAUUUUUAAUGUAAUAUUUUUAUUACUUGCAACAGUUGUAUAUAUAUUUUUAUACUGAAAUUUGUAUUUCCUAAGUAGAGUCCAUAUUAGAAUUUUGUGAACUUGUACCUUUUAUUGAAAUAUCAAAACGAACUUGAAAUAUGUCAGUGUUAUUUAUAUGUCAUAAAUAGUACAAUAAAAUCAACAAAGAUCUCUAUUUUC